AUUUUUGAGUACAAAACGAUGAUUGAGAGUCAAAAUCGCAGUAUAAAAUGCAAGUAUCAUUUUCGUGGGUAUAAGCCGCCACCCUUGCCGAGAAAACAAACAAACCGGACCACCUGGCCUGGUUAUAUUCUUCCCCUACCUAACCGCAAACGUGCACGUCUUUUCGUUCUGCUCAUCGUAUAAUCGCAAUCCGGUGCUCUUCUUCAACUCCAACUCUUGUGAAACUCUCAAUUUCAGUAGAAAUUUGCAGUCUUUUGGACACCAAUUUCUCGUUUUUAUUCUAAUUUUGCAGUAUAUAAGUGGGGUUGUUUAGCUUUGGUUACUGGAUUGUGUCGCAGCGAUGUCGAAGAGCAUUCUGGUGACUGGCGGAGCUGGGUAUAUCGGGAGUCACACGGUUUUGCAAUUGCUUCUGGGCGGAUACAAGGCUGUUGUGGUUGAUAAUUUGGACAAUUCUUCGCCUCUUGCUAUCAAGAGAGUGCAAGAGCUUGCUGGCGAUUAUGGCCGUAACCUCGUCUUUCAUCAGAUGGACAUUCGUGAUAAAUCUGCGCUGGAAAAUGUUUUUUCUUCAACCAAGUUUGAUGCAGUUAUCCAUUUUGCUGGAUUAAAAGCUGUUGGGGAAAGUGUGCAGAAACCUUUGUUGUAUUAUAACAACAAUCUUAUCGGUACAAUUGCUCUCUUGGAAGUCAUGGCAAACCAUGGAUGCAAAAAGCUUGUAUUUUCCUCAUCAGCCACUGUUUAUGGUUGGCCAAAAGUGGUCCCUUGCACAGAGGAGUUCCCCAUUAAUGCUGCAAAUCCAUAUGGCCGAACAAAGCUUUUCAUUGAAGAAAUAUGUCGUGAUGUACACCAAUCAGACUCAGAGUGGAAAAUCAUAUUGCUCCGAUACUUCAACCCUGUUGGCGCCCAUUCCAGUGGCUAUAUUGGGGAAGAUCCACGGGGAAUCCCCAACAAUCUUAUGCCAUUUAUUCAACAAGUUGCUGUUGGAAGGCGGCCAGCGUUGACAGUUUAUGGAAGCGAUUACUCAACUAAGGACGGUACAGGGGUACGUGAUUACAUUCAUAUUGUUGAUUUGGCUGACGGUCACGUUGCUGCAUUGAAUAAACUGGCAGAUGCUUCAAUAGGAUGUGAAGUAUACAACUUGGGAACUGGGAGGGGUACAUCAGUAUUGGAAAUGGUAGCUGCAUUUGAGAAGGCAUCUGGGAAGAAAAUUCCAUUGGUGAUGGCUGGGCGACGGGCAGGUGAUGCUGAAGUUGUUUACGCAUCAACUGAGAAAGCAGAACGGGAGCUAAACUGGAAGGCAAAGUAUACAAUUGAAGAGAUGUGCCAAGAUCAGUGGAAUUGGGCCAGCAAAAACCCCUAUGGUUAUGAAGGGUCUGCUGAAAAUUCUACAUGAUUUCAGAUUUUCAGUUAAACCUGUGCCAAAUAAUGCCUAGUAUUCUAGUAUGAUAAAUUGUUUAAUAAAAUGGUCGAUCCCAAUGUAAAUAAAUGGGCAUAUUGCAUCCAUCGAUCAGUACAAAUAUGAAAAAUAUGAACUUGUUUGGUAUUCCUUUUGUAGUUGGAGACUUGGAGUUUCAAAUUGUUGUGUAUUACCUCCAUUUAUUUUGAAGAGCCAUUUUCACU